AUUAAAGAAUAAAUAACGAAUCUAAUAUGGCUGCGCCCAUGGCAUGGAUGUCAAGUAUGCACACUGUUGAUUAUGUCGCCAUUGUUCAGUCAUUUCAAACAGACUGCAAAUGAUGUAAAUUUAACAAUAGUCGACCAGCGACGUUCAACGUCUCUGCCCCCAUCUACAAGUUCUCGACACUGGAUAAUCUGCAUCAUGGAUCCAGGCAUUAUCAGACACAGUCAAAUGAUGCAACGUUCGUUGUGAGUGGCGAGCUGCAUGGUCAACGUUACUGUACGUUAUGUCCUUCACAAUAGAAACUUGGGAUUGUCUGUCUUCUGAAAACCUCGAAUAAGGAGUUUACACUCAAUUAUCAUCCAAAAUGUACCCUUCAAAAGCAGCAGUUGAAGUGAUCCAGUUGGGUCGUAUUUCCUAUGGGCGUGCAUUACAGGUUCAGCAACUCUAUGUUAGGAGACAUCUGGAUUCUAAAGACAAAUUGCACAAUGCUCUGCUACUAUGUGAACACCCGCCAGUCUACACCAUAGGAAUCAGACAGGCACCAUACCCAUUCGAAGAGGAGCAAAGACUCAAACUCCUUGGUGCUGAAUUCUUUCGUAGCAACCGUGGCGGACUCAUAACUUUCCAUGGUCCAGGGCAGUUGGUGUGCUACCCAAUACUCAACUUGGGCUGCUUCAAGAAAAGCGUGCGAUGGUACGUGUGUGAGCUGGAGGGGACUGUCAUCAACCUUUGCAGAAAGUAUGGGAUAAAAGCAUCCACCUCCCCAAACACUGGGGUCUGGGUUGGAUCCAACAAGAUAUGUGCCAUAGGAAUCCAUUGUGGGAGAUACAUAACAUCUCAUGGCUUGGCACUGAACUGCAACACAGAUAUGGGCUGGUUUGAAAACAUUGUGCCUUGUGGGAUUGUAGGGAAAGGUGUCACAUCCCUUAGUCAAGAACUGGGAAGAGAUGUCUCUAUUGAAGAAUCCAUCCCACUACUGCUGGAAACUUUCAGUGAUCAGUUUGACUGCACACUGCAUGAUGGAGAAUAUUCUAAUAAUGAAUAAACACUGCUUGGUAAA